AUGUCAGAACAAAAAAAUGAAGAGUCAGAAAGCAAAAUUCUCAAAUUAAUAUUAGAAACUGGUUAUGAAGGAUGUAGUUCAGUAGAUUCAGUAAGAGAAUUGCUUGCCGUCAACGCCAUUGAAGAACGAGACAUUGCAGAAGUGCUGGGCUGCAUGGCUCGAUCUUAUGUUAACAUGACAGGCGUUGGCCCUACAGCAGACACAGCUGAAGCAGCAACUUGGAAUGUAGAAAAUUUUGUCACAGUUGUUCAAGAAAAGGCCCCUAACAUAGAUUGGCUUCAAGUAUUUAGAGAGCUAGACUUUCCUCAUUUCUUCUUAUUUGAUGAAAAUGGGCUUAGAAUCCUUGUUCGAGCUUGGAAAGCAUGUCCCAAACAUGAUAUGACUUUUCCUGCUAAUGUUUUCUUUGAAAAACAGUGGGAAAAUGUAAAAGGUCAAUUGACAGCACUUUAUCAGAUAGCCAUAGCACCUACUGAAUUAAUUGAUACUGUCAAAUGUUCAAGCAGAACGGUUAUUCAAAUAGAAGAUUUUGCUCAAUCAAGUGUGCAUGUCCGUUCAACUGCCUCGCAACUUCUUCAUGCUCAACUUAACUCUCUUGACCUUAUUGAACGUAUAUUCAGACUGGCAAAUGCUGGUAUCAAAGAUGACGUGAAAAGUCUAAUAGAUAAGGUAUUGAUUAAGAAGGCACCUGAAUUGUUAUUGUUAGGUGUAGCUCAAAUUAAUCCCAUCACAAACGAUGUUCAACAAAAUGUAUUGAAUCGAUUAAUAGCGUUUUAUCUGGAGGGAAAUGCAAAUAGUGUCCUUGUGAUGACGAAAUUCUGGAAAGUUAAACCUGAACUCUUCAUCAAAAAAAUGAUAGAGCUGUACAAUAAAGAUCCUACCUCUCUCACAUGCGUUUUAGCAUUUGUGCACGAACUGAAGAUUCUUCCCACAAUUCUUGACGCGAAAUCCUUCACAUUUACAAUCGACCUGGCAGCUUUGGCAACAAGACGCGAAUACUUAAACCUUGAGAAAUGGUUAUUGGAUAAAAUCAAAGAAUAUGGACAUAAAUUCAUUCAAGCUUGUCUAAACUUUCUCGUCAUUAAGUUACGAGCAGAAUCAACUCGGCAAGAAACCAACUGUAAUCCCACCACUAUGCCACUUUCAUUGGAUGCCAUUAAUGUAUUUAUAAAAGUUCUAAUGGAUAAAGUUAGUAGGAACCAGCAGGAGUUCCUAAAUGAAUUGCAUACAAAAUACUCAAUCUUUGCAAAAAAUGCCAAGACCCCAAGCGGUACACCAGCAGACCAACAAAAGCAACUGACCUUGGAGAAGGUAACUGCGAACACGAUUACCUCGACAUCAUCCCCUUCUUCAAUAACGUCAACAACUACAGGAGGAGCGAAUAUGACCUUUAGGCAAGAAAUUGAAAACGAAGCCAAUUCCUACUACGAACGUAUUUACAGCGGUGAGAUAACCAUUACCGACAUGAUAGAUCGACUACGAAAAUUCAAUAUAUCGAACGAUCCACGGGAGCAAGAACUUUAUGCUUGCAUGAUCCACAAUUUAAUUGAUGAAUAUACAUUUUUUCCCAAAUACCCGGAAAAAGAACUUACUCUUACCAGCGUUUUAUUCGGUCAAAUUCUGCAAAACCAGCUGUUAUCGAACACUUAUUUGGGCGUAGCAUUACAAUGCAUUUUGGAUGCAGUAUCUAGCAAUGCAUCAGGUACGAAACUGUAUAAUUUCGGUGUGCAGGCUUUGACUCAAUGUCAGUCGAGGUUAAUAGAGUGGCCACUAUUUUGUGCUCAUCUUGUGCAGGUUCCGCAGCUUCAGCAAACGAACCCUGAAUUAGUACAGGUCGCUUUACAAGCUAUUCAAGCAGCGAAAGCUCAGCAGUCUCAACAAAUACAGCAAAAGAAUGAAUACUCUACCGACGAAUCACCAUUUAUUAGCGCAAACAUUGAAGAAACGAAAGAAGCUACUACUUUCUUGAGCAAACCAACUUUUACUGCCAUACAUGUUCCUGAAAUAGUAGAAAAGUCAAGUGAGGACGAAAAUACCCCAAUUGUUUACCAGAAUCCAGUUGAAAGUACGCAGGAUAAAAUUUUGUUCAUCAUUAACAAUGUCGCCCUGAACAACCUGGAGAAAAAAUCCGAGGAGUUGAAAAAGAAUCUGAAAGAAUCUGCCUAUCAAUGGUUCAGCAAGUACCUCGUUGUUAAAAGAACUAGUAUCGAACCAAACUAUCAUGAAUUGUAUUUAUUGUUAUUGAAAUCAAUCGACAACCGUUUACUUUAUCAGCACGUAUUGCGCGAGACCAUUGCCAAUAUCAAGCUUCUCUUGAACUCUGAAAAUACUGUAUCAUCUUCCAAUGAACGGACUUUGUUGAAAAACUUGGGUAGUUGGUUAGGCGGCUUGACUAUAGCGCGAAAUUAUCCAAUUAAGCAGAAAUAUAUCUCGUUUAAGGAUCUGCUACUGGAAGGAUUUGAUAGUAACAAAUUGAUUGUUGUGAUUCCCUUUGUUUGUAAAGUAUUGGAGCAAGGCUCGAAGAAUACCGUAUUUAUCCCUCCUAACCCAUGGGUCAUGGCUAUACUUAAAUUGCUGGUUGAACUCUACGAACAUGCAAACCUUAGGCUUAAUCUCAAAUUUGAAAUUGAAGUCCUCUGCAAAACACUGUCGAUUGAGUUAACUUCUAUAGAGCCCACGACAGUGCUUGAAAACAGAAAACUUAGGGAUAAGCAGCGUCGACAACCAUCGUUAACCACAGCUGUCGUGGCCAAACAUGGUGAUACUGUUCCUAGUACUAUACCCUUUGCUGGUUCACCCUUUGCUAUGCCUAUGUCGGCUGUCGCUAACCCUACUGUUGCUGCCGCUGCUGCUAUUCCAAAUAGACUUCCACUUAACAAUUUGUCAUCACCGACCUUGACAACAGAGGAUAGAGCUAUUGAAGCUAUCAAUACGCUUAGCAUAGCUAACCAUAUCAUAUUCGACCCUCAGCUUGCGUUGUAUAUAGCAGCCGAGCCUCAGUUCAAACGUUGGGCAAUUGCGGGCAUAACGCAAGCCAUCCAAGAAAUAGUGGGGCCUACUGUUAAACGUGCCGUGGGUAUAGCUACCGUUUCUACUCGUGAACUGGUCACCAAAGAUUUUUGCAUGGAAGGCGAUGAGCUUAAACUUAGAAGAGCCGCACAAACAAUGGCCCAGUCAUUAGCAGGCAGAUUAGCCAUGGUUUACUGCCAAGAACAUUUGCAUUCUAGUAUGCUUCACCAUUUAGUUUCUAUUUUCACAGCUCAUGGUAUUACUGAUGCUGUGGCAGAACAAAUCAGUUUGAUAUUGAUUGCGGAUAAUUUAGAGCUAGGUACUGCUACUAUUGAAAAGGUGACUGUAGAUAGAGUAUCCAUAAAAGUCGACGAUGCUCUUAUGGUUGCCUAUUCCAAUCGUAGAAGGCAUAGAGAACAACAACAAAAACGUGGCGUACUACAACCUUAUUAUGAUAUGAAUGUCUUGUCUACGUCCUCUUAUCCUACUACUUUACCUGAGCCAUUACGUCCCAGUCCGCUUGGUUUGCAGCCAAGUCAAAUUCGCAUAUAUGAGGAUUUCAAUAGGAUUGCUCGUGGAAGCUCAUCUUCUGCUGCUUCAUCUGUGGGUCAUAUGUUUGAACAACAGCAGCAACAGUUAUCACCUACUCAUCGCUCACAACAACAACGGUUUAACAGAACGCCUGGAAUGGAGUACAAUAAUAGCCAACAAUCAAACGGUUAUGGCAACUUUAAUGAUCAAUUUGCUGAGCAGAGUUAUGAUAUAGCACAGCAGCAAUCAUUCGACGCCGCGGUCACAGCUCAACAGUUAUUAGAAAGAUUUGCUCAAUACAUUACCGAAUUAGAAAAUAUUCUGAAUGUUAUUAACGUAUCAAGUCUCGCGGUUGUUCCAAUGAAUCAUAGUAUCUUCAAUAUUAUUCGCCAAAUACCUAUGUUGAUUAUAGCCAGUCCUGAGAAAGUCGAACUUGCCAAAGGAUUUGCUCAAAGGGUUAUUCAACUACUUUACAAGAGUGGUACGACCAUUAGCCAAGAAGUGUAUGUCUAUUUGUUAGAGAAUAUAUGCAAUACCUGUCCUGAAAUAGGCGCUCUUGUCACUCCUUGGCUGAGUCGUGCCAAUGAUGAACGCAAAUAUAAUGUUGCUGUGACCAUUGCCUUAAUCAAAAGCAACCUUAUCAAUCUUCCUGAACACGAUCAAGAGCUUGCUUUAAUGAUUGAUGCUGGUCGUUUAACUGCAAUUGAUUUUGCGGCCCGUUUGAUUCGUGCUUGCCUCUUUGGCUCAAUGCCUCCUGUACGUACUCGGUACGAUUUUAGGGCUUCAUUAGAGGCUCUCAACCGGCUACGAGGAAAUGUACCUGACAGCGUGUUACUAUUGAUGGAUGAUAUCGGAAGGUCAGCUAUGAUGACAAACACACCAGUCAAUGCUCAGCAAAAUUUACCGGUACUACAACAACUGACACCUGGUACGCUUAAUUCCAACGAUGAUGACAGCACUGUUCGUGAGCAUAUGCGGAUCUUAUUUUCAGAAUGGGUUAGAAUAUACCCUACAGCUACAGAAAAAGUGCUAAAUGCUUUUACUACGCAAUUAUCUCAACAGAGUAUUUUCAAAUCAACCAGUCUGUCGUGUAUGUUUUAUCGUGUAUGUAUUGAAGAAAGCAUAAAUUACUCACUUAACCACCUGCAGUUAUCUGCCGAAACAGCUCUGAUUGCUUAUCAGCCCAUUGAUGCCUUCACCAAGUUGGUAGUAAACUUAUUGACAUUGCAGCGUCCUCCAGUAGUCGAUGAUGAUCAAGCAACUGAUACGAUUAGUCUUGCUCGACAUAGUUUCUUUGAAAGAAUAGUGGCUAUUAUAGUGUUGGUUUUAUCUAAGCACCAUGAACAAUUAUCGGAGCGAUUUGAUCAGCGUCCCUUCUUACGAUUAUUUGCUAGUCUUUUCAGUGAUCUUCAUGCCGUAGAGCAACAAUUACAGUCUGACUAUAUCUCUAUCCUCAUAAUCAUCAGUAGUGCAUUAUACACACUUCGACCUGAACAAUACCCUGGAUUUACAUUUGGCUGGGUACAAUUGAUACUCCAUAGAUUAUUCAUGCCUAAAUUAUUGCUGUCUGAAAAUCAGCAGGGAUGGCCGGCCUUCCAUUAUUUAUGCAUCAGCUUGUUCAGUUUCCAACAGCCCUAUUUGAAUCAAAAGAGUCUUUCCAACACAGCACAUGCCAUUUAUCGUGGUACUUUGAGGGUACUACUUGUUCUGUUGCAUGAUUUCCCUGAAUUCCUUUGUGACUACCAUUAUAGUCUCUGCGAUGUGAUACCCAUAUCUUGCGUACAGAUGCGUAAUCUUGUGCUGAGUGCCUUCCCGAGAAAUAUGCGCCUUCCUGAUCCUUUUACACCCAAUCUCAAAGUUGACCUUCUUCCUGAAAUCAAUCAUUCACCCACUAUUUUAUCCGAUUACACAGCUUCGCUGAAGACAGAUGAUUACGAUUUGAAAAAAGAAAUUGAUGACUACUUUGAAAAAGCCUCGGAUGGUAAUACUGCAGGCUUUACCACUCUUGUGAGUCAAUUAAGAACCUGUCUCCUUCAAAAGAACAAUACGAACGUCAACAAUGGAGAGUACAAUAUACCAUUGAUAAAUGCUAUGAUAUUCUAUAUUGGUUUGAAAGGCGUAACAAAUGGCAUUCCUGUUAGUCAAGGACCCCCUGUACAGAUUUAUCAAUAUCUUUUGUGCGAACUGGAUUCGGAAGGACGUUAUUUGUUAUUAAGUGCCAUUGCCAACCAACUACGAUACCCUAAUAGCCAUACACAUUAUUUUAGUUGUGUGGUGCUCUAUUUGUUUGCGGAAAGCAAGAAGGAUAUUGUAAAAGAGCAGAUAACAAGAAUACUGUUAGAACGUUUGAUAGUCAAUCGUCCUCAUCCUUGGGGUCUUUUGAUCACCUUUAUUGAAUUGAUCAAAAAUCCGAGAUAUAGUUUUUGGAACCAUUCUUUUACUCGUUGUGCUACCGAUAUUGAACGCUUGUUUGAAAGUGUAUCCAGGUCCAUUAGUCAAAUAUAA